UUUGUAAAGGUAAUUAAAGUUAGGGGCAGGACUGCUCCCACUGUUUUGGGCAAGACAAUCUAAAAGGGGCAAAAAGAAGAAAACAGAUAAUUAAAAUGUUACUGAGGUGAAAAGAAAGGAAAAUAAGAAAAGAAUCUCCCUCUAGAUUUUCAGACUUUUAUGAUUGAAAGCAUUCAAAACAGGGUUCACUUUCUCAGACUGGCCUUGUGUCAUCAGGCACAUCUAUAAAAGGAUGCAUGUACACAAAUUCUCCACUCGAACGACCUCAAUAGCAAUCCCAGAGAGAGAGAGAGAGAGAGAGAGAGAGAGAGAGAGAGAGAGAGAGAGAGAGAGAGAGAGAGAGAAUCUCUACAUACUAUGGCCAGAAGUCUUCCGUUACAUCAUGACCAUUUAGAGGAAGAGUACAUAGACAUGGAAGUGAGUUCGUACUCCAUCUUUCAUGGCCACUCCAUCAUUACCAGUCCUCCUCAAACCCACAGAGAAUUUGAGUUCCAAAUGUCUUCAACCUCAUUAGAUCACAAAGAAGCCUCAACCUCACCAGCUGAUGAGCUGUUCUACAAAGGCAAGCUACUCCCUCUCCACCUCCCUCCGCGCCUAGAGAUGGUCGAAAAGCUCGUUGAGGUCGACCAUGAUGACAAAUACUACGAAGAAUUCUACAGCACUCCUCUAAUGACGACUGCCCCGACGCCAACGGUGAUGAGCACCCCAUUCGACUCAUGCAACGUGUCGCCCUCCGAGUCCUUCAGGAUCAGCAGAGAACUCAACUUGGAUGAGUAUCUCGCUGACUUAUCGGCGGUAGGAACGAGCAACUUCAUGAAGGAAAGCGUGAAGAUCAAGUCAUGGACAAGGAGAAUUAAGAUAAUCAAGCAGUCUUUGUCUAAGCUCAAGGCUUCCCGGGCCUACGUCAAUGCCUUGUUUGGCAAAUCCAGCUGCUCAGACGAGUCCUCCACAGAAGCGGCCCGAAACCAUGCUUUGAAGACGAGCAAGUCUGGUGACUGGAGUGACGAUUUGAUGAAGAAAAACAAGUUCGGCCGAGUUCUCGGCGCGGUUAAAAGCUUUAAUGAAGGGAAGGCCUUCGAGAAUGGUGGCGGAUCUCGGCACAGGAGGACGUCUGCCGUAUCGAGCAAGCAGGCUUCAUCAAUUAAGAUCUCGAUGUCCUCCUCCUCGUCAUCGUCAUCUUCCAACUCUUCCUCGUCUUUGAGCUCGAAUGACUCCAACAGGUUCGGCGAACUUCAGCUUCUGAGCGGAAGCAGCAAAGGGCAUAUGGAAGUAGAGUCACCAAUUCAGGGAGCAAUUGCUUAUUGCAAGCAGUCUCAAAACAUUUAAGAGGAGUAAGUUAAAGGGGCCAAAAAAGGACUGUCAGUGCAACUUCUUGUACUUGUCUUCCAUCUAAUAAUAACGGUUUUGAAGAUGACUAGGAAGCAAAUUCCGAUGGUAUGGUCUAAUGUUCCUGUCCUAUUAGAUUAGACCAGAGACUUUUGAAUGUUUCAAAAUGUACUUCCUCAAAGUCAAUAAAUGU